CACCAGUGGAGGCACCAGUUUGGUGCUUGAACUUUACACCGCGUUGUGUUAUUCUUGUUGUGGAGGAAUAUGAAUAAUGACGCAUUAAAUUACCCCUACGUACGCAUCUUCUUUCAUACGAGUCGACUCACUAUAUUAUGAGUAAAGAACUGUCCAUGUCGGCGUGUUGACUUUUUUGGUACUCUGACAUCCGGCCAAUUCAGAUCUAGGCAUUACUACACUAGUGUUGCACAGACUUCCACUUUGCGCUUGAGCAGUCAUCUCGUUUGUGUUUCACAUUUCAUACAAUUGCGAUCACUACCUACGACGAUUUUUCGUUUUUUCCAAUUGCGUUCGCCCAAGCCCUUCCUCCUCCAACACUCAUUCCCCCAGCGAGCCAUGGCCUCGACGCAGCAGGCCCGGCGUCUUGUCGCGGGCGACGGCCCGCAGAUUGCUUCUUCCAAGCUUUUCCCAAACCCAAAGGAGUUCCAAUGCGACCAGAACGCGGACUACUUGAAGAAGAGGUUGCAGGUGUGGGAAAAGGUGAAGGCCAAACACGAAAAGGCUGUUGCCGCUAUUCCGAAAAAGCAAAUCACCAUCACCCUGCCGGACGGGAAGCAGGUGCAGGGAACGAGCUUCGAAACCACUCCUUUAAUGAUUGCAGAGGGGAUUUCCAAGAAACUAGCCGGGGACAUUGUGGUGGCGAAGGUAGUAGAAUUGGAUAGUUCGUGCAGCUCUUGUAUGGUCUGUGCAUGACAAUGACCAAGCACAACUCUGUUGCGUACUAUUGCGCAUGAGAAGGAUGGUUCGUAGUUGUCAACAAACCUAUAUUAUAAGGUCUACUACACCGAGCCCAUCGCCUCUUUAACGCAAUGCGUCGCCGCGGAUGAAGAGCCGGACUCCGAUGCUGACGGAUCUGAUGACGAAGACGCGAAGGAGGACAAAUUUGUUCUGUGGGACAUCAGCCGGCCACUGGAGGGGAAUUGUACGCCGGUGGUUCUUUUUGUGUAGUGGAUGACUUCUGCAGCUCUUUGCCAUUGGUAGCUUGAGGCGCGACCGCCCGUUGCUGUUCAUCAUGCUUCUGGAGCAUGACAAUUUGAAUUUCAACAAUUUGCAGGUGCGGAAUGUUCUUUGCCAGCAUCACUAAAUUUUGUUCUAUAGGUACUCUCCACCUUUUGAAAUUUGAGGACAAGCUUGCCUCCAACGUGUUUUGGCAUAGUUCCGCUCACGUCUUGGGAGAAGCCAUUGAGGUCGAAUUUGGGGCGCACUUGACCAUCGGGCCACCCUUGGAGCGUGGGUUUUACUACGACGGCUUUUUCGGCGAGAAGAAAAUCUCCACGACGGAAGACUUGCCGAAAUUAGAGAAGCGCUGCCAGGAAAUCGUGAAGGAGAGCCAGCCGUUUGAGCGGGUCGCCUUAAGCAAGGAGGACGCUCUGGAAAUGUUCGCGGACAACCCGUUCAAGGUGCAGUUGAUCACGAACAAAGUCCCGGAUGGAUCCAUGACCAGCUGCUACCGCUGCGGGCCGCUAGUCGAUUUGUGCCGCGGGCCGCACUUGCCGUCCACGGGUAGAUGCAAGUCCUUCUGGAUCCACAAAAACAGCGCGAGCUACUGGUACUGAUAAUCUUCUAUUUUGCAUGCGACUGACGCUGAUUUUCUACUGUUCCUGGUAAAAAUAGUGAUUCCAUGAUACAAUGCCUUGUGAUUGUGUACGUGUACGACCUGCACUUUCAACACUUGGCGUGAAAGAUAAAACCAGAAGCACGAUUCACCACUUCCACCUAGGUUGGGGAAAGACAAGAACGACUCCCUCCAGCGCAUUUACGGUGUUUCUUUCCCCUCCGACAAGGAGUUGAAGCAGCACAAACUGAUGCUGGAAGAAGCCGCCAAGCGCGACCACCGAGAAAUCGGGCGGAAUAUGAACUGCAAAAGUAUCGUACUAGUAUAAUUUGCAUCACAAAUCUUGGCAAGAAGAAGAGUGGAAUUUGUAAUGCUGUGUUACCUUAGAAAGGAGAUUUGUAAUGCAUAUUUGCAAUUAGUACAAGUGCGAUAGGUUUACACAGGAUACGGAAGCAGGAGCUCUGGUUUUUCUCCGACUAUUCCGCCGGGUCCUGCUUCUGGAUGCCGCACGGCGCCCGGAUCUACAACAAGUUGGUGAGCUUCAUGCAGCGGGAGUACGCCAUUCGCGGGUUUCAGGAGGUGAUCACACCAAACUUGGUGCACGAGAGUCUCUUCAAGGCUUCGGGGCACUACUACAAGUACAAAGACGACAUGUACAGUAUGAACAUCGAGGGGGAAAGGUGGUUUUUGAAACCGAUGAACUGCCUAUGAGAGUGCACAACCCUCCCUCCCCCUCAUGUGUAUGGCAUGAACAGCAAUACAAGCAACAGCAGAAAAUGGGCUUUCGCAUGACAAAUCUGCAUGCGGAUUGUAGUACUAUGUAUAGUUUGUCAUGCUAACAGCGCGUACGAGCAAGGUGCGAGUUUGGUACUUUGCAUUACAAAUGAGGGGGAGGGGGAGAUGUGCACUGUAAUACUGCCCCGGCGACUGCGUCAUCUUCGGGCAUCGCGUGCGGAGCUAUCGGGAACUACCCUUGCGGAUGGUUUCCUUUGGCGUGCUGCACAGAAACGAAAACAGUGGGGCGUUGAGUGGUAGAUCUAAAAUGUGCUGGCUUGAGUAUUUUCUCUCUGUCAACAUGAUAAACAGAAAACAUCAUUUGGAAUAGUUGCAUAGCAUGUCGUAUAGAAGUCGCGUGAUCAUGUUUUGAUGCUUCAGCCGAAACUAAAUAGCGAGAUCCCUGUAUAUACGUUUUAGGUCUGACCCGCGUCCGUCGCUUUCAGCAGGAUGACGGGCAUAUCUUCUGCCGGAUGGACCAGGUGAAGAGCGAAAUCAAGUACGCGCUCGCUUUCGUGCGGUUUGUGUACCAGACGAUUGGCUUGGAAUACACGAUGGUGCUCUCUACCCGGCCGAAAAAAGCCAUUGGCUCUGAGGAGGUGUGGACGUAUGCGGAGAAGGAGCUUGCCGAGGCUCUGAACGAGAACGGUGAGCCCUUGGGCUUGAACAAGGGCGACGGGGCGUUUUACGGACCGAAGAUCGACUUCAAAGUAGAAAAUGAGAAACCGUGAGUUACAAAUUUUCUUACCGUGAAUGUUGGUAGAUGAAGUACAACACGAUCUAAUUUAGGCCAGUUUCAAGCUUCAAAGCCGACAAUUCCAUAGCAAAGCUACUCAAAAAACAAAAAGUUUAAAACCGCACCAAACAACUUCUUUUCGUCAUCUUCAGGCAAAAGACGCCCUGGGUCGGCAGCACCAAUGCGCGACGAUGCAACUGGACUUCCUGUUUCCGAUGCGAUUCAACCUCCAGUUCCGCACACAGGCGGACGAGCAGAAGGAAGCUGGCGAGCAGGCGGCUUUGGGUAACAAGGAAGGAGACAAGACAACUGCAGUUCCUCCGAAAGGCAAAAACGCCGCUUCUGGUGCCGCUGUUGCCAUAAAUGGGAACGCGGCCGCGCUGGCCUCCGCGGACGGGGACUCGGCGGGAACCAAAUCCGCUGUCGACAAGGAGAAGGAAAAAGAGGCGAAAUUGGAUAUAACCCGCUCAGGUGUUACAAUCUCAAACGUUGCAAUAGAGUAUUGAAAUCUGUGAUGCAAGAUUGCAUGAUCUAGCCAAGUCUCAUAGGCUUGCGCAUGACAAGUUCCAGAGCCCCAAGCCCCACUAUAAUCUCGCGAGAUUUGUAUUGCAAAAGGUGGAAAGCUGUGCGAGUCUGUCAUGCUCAUCAUGCAGCACAAAUUCCACAUUCUAUUGUAACGUUUGAGAUUGUAACGGUUGAGCAAGUCAUAUUGGAAGCGUACGGGUUGGAGGGCGUCUUGAAACCGGGGCACGAGCGACCCGUGGUGAUUCACCGGGCGAUAUGGAUUGCAAAAGUGCCUGGGUCUGGAAGAUUGCAACUUGUCAUGCUAAAUCCGAAUCAUGCAGAAAUCUGUGUUGCAUGACCGCCAAAAGCUGCCCACUUUCGACCAUCUUUGGAAGAAGUUUCUCAUGCAGGAUAGGCAUGGCAGAGACCUCACAGACUCUGUCAUGCUAGGUCCCGCAUUCCAGACCUCAUGGGUCAUGAAAAACCUGCAUGACAAGUUUACACUUACUUUUCCAGACCCAGACACUUUUGCAUUUGAUAGGCGAUUAUGGGAUCGGUGGAGAGGUUCACAGGUAGGAAAUAGCAAGGAUUCGAAUUCGUACUAGUCCUAGUCGUGCUGCUUUACGGCCUACAUUUAUUUUGCAUCAUAAGAUGAAAUAGAAUGAAGAUGAGCAUAAUCUUCCGACGAGUUGUACCGCAAUUUAUAGAUGAUGCAUGUUCAUCAGCGCGUUCUUUAUUUCUAUCGCACACAAACACAAACACAAACUCAUAUAACUCAUAAGUACGUACCAAACAUACAGGCAUCCUGUGCGAGCACUACGGUGGUAAGUGGCCAUUUUUCCUCAGCCCGCGGCAGAUCUAUCCUGAGUAAAAACGUACCCACCCCAGAGUUGUCAUGCAGAUUUGCCAUGACAGGAACAUUUGUGAUGCGCAACCCCAUGACAGGCAUUUUCAAUCGUGUUUGGGAACUUGUAAUGCUGUAAACAGGAUCAGGAGGUCGAUUUGUGAUGCGGCUUUCCUUGCUAACUUGCACUACCUUACGGACUGAGACUUGUCAUGCGUGACUCCUAAAGCUCCUAGGUUUGUGUUGCAAAAUCCUCAUCCUGACUCUGGUGUGGGUGCGUUUUUACUCAGGAUAAGAUCAUGAUCGUCCCCACCCACGCCGGCCUGAACAAGUACUGCGAGUACGUUAUGCAUUGCAAAAGUAUCGUACUUCCAGUAGGUGUAGGAACACUCGCAUUACAAAUUUCCCCAAGAACAAAAAUGGAACUUGUCAUGCUAGAUCAGCUACAAGAUUCGAUUUGUCAUGCAGGACUGCAAUUGCCAAGAAUCCGAUGUUUUUGCGAUGUAUAUUCAUCGCGGAGCAGUACCGCAACUUUGGUCUUUUCGCCGACGUCGACACCAGCAGUAAGACCAUGAACAAGAAGGUCCGGGAGGCCCAGCUGGCCCAGUACAACUACGUUGCGAUCUGCGGGGAGAAGGAGCAGGAAAACUUGUCAGUUAAUUUGCGGGACCGGGACACGGGGAAACCGGUCGGGGAGUUCGGCUUGAAUGAUUCGGUGGACAUGUUUGUCGCGAAAUCCAACCCGAACAGCAAACCAGCGAACCAGUUUGACGCGUUUGAGGGACGCGUGCCGAAGCCGGCUAGUGCGGGAAGUAGUAGUUCUACUUCAUCAUCUGGAACAGGAACAUCAACUGGAACUGCGACGAACUUCUCUGUGCAGAAGACGGACAACGACAAGAAGACAUCUGCUGCCACUGCGGAGACCGCUGGCGCAACAUCCACGACGAGCAACAAGAAGGAAAAUCAAUCCAGUAUCAGAGGCAAAAAUCCCCCCUCCCCAUAUCGAACAGGUAUGCUUCCGAAAAUUUGUGUUGCUGAUUUGAGGUCACGAAUCUCGUUUGUCUUGCAAGAAGACAAGGGCAGAAGCUUCCGCCUCAUUAUGGAAUUGAUUUGUCAUGCUGUUGGGCCUAAAGGCAAAGGGGAGGCGUUUGCCAUGCUGAACAACUAGAGGACCCAUACGCCCCUACCUAGCCUGGGGAUCUGGCCGCAGGAGUGCCUCUGUGCAAUACAAACCGGAUUUGCGUACACAAAUCCAGCAUCAGAAAUUCCGUUUUGAUAUGGGGAGGGGGGAUUUUUCCUUUCGAUAUCCAGCAAGAAAAACUGGGAGGCGCACUUCGCGGAGUUCCCGUACGCUGAGGGGUUUGAACUGUCUGAGACCGAUAAGAUAUGCAUUGCAAACAUGUCUGAUGAAUCUGGAAGGAUGCAAGGGUUGUCAUGCUUGUCUAGCAUGACUGAAGAGUUUGUGCUGCGUGUCCAAGAAGAGACCCUUUUGUUUGUCAUGCAAAACGCAGUUUGUCACGCGGAAAGCGCAACACUAAGAAGCGCAAAUAUUUCUCAUGCUUCGCUGUGCAAUACAAAGAGUUCACUAUUCACAAUUCAGCAUUACAAGUUUCCUUUUCCAGACCCAGACAUAUUUGCAUUUGAUAUAAGAAACUCUUCGACGACUGCAACAAAUCCGGGAUGCCGAGCUCCGAGAAUUUUCAGCGGUGGUUCGAGCAUGUGGGGAGCUUGGUGCGGGCGGGACGCUGCUGAAACGGAAAUGGCAAUAUGCUGUCUUCUUGGUACAACAACGUCAACAGCUUCGGGUCCUUUGCCUUUCAGAUACGGCAAGGAAAAUUUUUACAGCAACUGAAAAACUAUGUUAAAAACGAGGGCGCCAUGUGGUUGAUAGAUGAAAUGACAGAUACGGUUACGGAGAACAACCUUACCUAAUCAUGCAACUUCUGAGGGAGGUGUUGUAGUUGUAGAGCCCCCUUAAAGAAACAGAUAGAAUGAAAUGGUUUUUGACAUUCGAUGAAAAUGAAAAUUUGUAUUCGACCAUCUCGUUCUUGAGAGGUUUCCGAUGAAUGUAAAAGGUAGACUUUCGGUCUUUUUGGUGAAUGAUAUUGAUUUUGCUUUGCGGGUUGCUGACGUGACAGACGCAGCGAAGAUCCGAGAAGAAUAUACUUAGCUUAGUAGAAGUGGCGGAUAACUGUAAAUACGCAAAAUUUCGAAUAGAGCAACGAGCUCCGCAUCACAUGAUAGAGUGGUUUUGUAUAAAGUUGAUGUCGGACGAAAGUAGUUAGGAAAAAAAAGAAUUGAAUAAAUUUGGUUGACCACACGAGGAUUUUCCACGAAAUGGUUUCGAACGAUGAUCAUGAUAUCAAUGGGAAGAAUUAAGUCUCGAGCAAGACAGGCAAUUGAAGAGAAACAUUUAUAGCUGUCCCGAGAAACAGAAACAUGACGAAGCUG